GCGCGUUUCCGACAUGGUAAAGCAAAAAAAAUUCCACUACGUAGGCAAAGUUGAUGAAUAAAAUUCCUCACCCUGAAGCCUUCAUUCCAUGUCUUAAACACCAUGAGUGGAGGCUCCCGGAGCAGUCGGCCCUCCGAGAAUUGGCAGCCUGGACCUGACUACUGGAUUUAUCUGCCUACUAAUCUAUCAGACUUUCUUCCCCCACGAAGAACUCCGAGUCAGAGAGGAAGAACGAGAGAUCCGCGGUGGUUUCUUGAGGAGAGAUCCAUACGAGGUCCUAAUAAUGGCUUAGUCAGCUAUCCAUCAACAGUGAACCGUCGCCCUUCAGUCCGACUACUGCUCAUAGACGACUAUGAUACAUAUCUUGGAACUCAAACCCCAGUGCCUGAGACGCCUCCGGCGUUUCAAGAACCAAGGUACACUCAAGAGGAGGAAUCCAUGCUGACUCCACAACAACAAAAACAGGCAAUCAAUAAGCUGAGGAAACAACUCUAUAGCCCACAUAUGAGUAAUAUAAUCAGGAGGCUGAGCAUCAAGUCUAGUGGGAGCAACGUUGAAAGCUUUCAACAAGACGAUGAUGGGAAAAGAUGUGCAGUUUGCUUGGAAGAUUUCGAGACUAGACAGUUUGUGACAUUGACGCCUUGCAACCAUAUGUUUCAUGAAGAUUGCAUUGUGCCUUGGGUGAAACGACAAGGCAAAUGCCCUAUUUGUAGAUUCGUGAUUGCUGAAUAGAUGUGCCUCAACGAAGAAAUAAUGACACCCGACCGACUCCAGGGCUGGUGGGGCUGAGAGGGAUCCAAUCUCAAUUAUGACGCUGGCGUUCUAUUUCAAUUAUGUACUCAUUCAACUGUUAGAAAAGGGAAUACCAAGUAAAUGUCGAGAGAUGAGGGAAAUCACAAUGUGCCUUGUAAUAUAGACUUUACCUUGUGUAUUUCCAAGCAGGAUAAGCAAGAAUAUAGUUUCAAU